UAACACUCUUAUCUUGUCAGACAUAGGGAGUUGUGUGUAGUAUCUGUUUUGUUAUUGUGUCAUAUUUAUCUCUUGUGAAGUUUUAUACUAUUUGCAUUUUUAUUGUAAGCUUGAUUGAAGACAAUCAUCCUCAACCCUCACUAAAGUAGUCUGCAACUGAACAGACAGGAAUACAGAUGUUCACAAAACUCUAGUAAGCAGUUGUAUUAUUUCUCUAUUUUAAAUAUUCUAUGGAAAUUUUAUGUAAUGUAUGUUCAAAUAUUGUUUUCCAGAUUUAAUAACAUAGCUGCUAACAUGUUAACACACAAUAGCAGAAAAGAAACAGAUUAGGGUGGGUAUUUUGCUUCAAUAAGUAGCACAUUUCUUAAAAAAUUUUUUUUUUUCUUCUGAGGCUGUACUUAGCAUUUCAGUUAUUUGUACAAGGUUGUGACAGAUUGACACUGGAUGACAGUCAUAUACCAAGAUUUUCAAGUAAUUGAAAGCAGAGAGAUUUUUAAACAGAAUUACAAAUACAAUAGAUUGAAAUUGUUUAGUAGAUGUUAAAGAAAGACCCAGUGUUUACAUUCAUUAAAAUAUGUGUUUUUUUAAAGUGUUUAUAUAUCUCUUUUCUUUAGGUGACCUGAAUUUAAAUUCUUUUCCCCCCUCCGACUUCUUUUUCUGGAUGCUGGCCAUGGCAGCCCUAUCUAGUUACGUGGUAGGGUGUGUGUUCCUCGCGGCUAUGGUGGUUGUUGUUUUCAAGCUGGUCACUGCGGUCAGGUCCUACAAGAGGAGGAGGGACAUGUACCGAAAGUUUCCACAAGAUCCAUCACAUCUAAUACUUGGUCACUUGUUAGACGUGAGGAAUAGGUCAAUUUUUAAAUACAUGAUAUUAAAAUCAAAGCAGACAUUUUGCUCAACUUAUGAUUAUUAUCUACAAAAAAAGUGCUAUAAUUUCUGAGAAAUGGAAUAAUUAUAUUUUUUAUAUUUUUUAUUAAAUAUUUUAAGGUUAAUUCUACCUGACUUCCCCAUAAUUUAUCAAAUCAAAUAUAACUGUUUAAAAUUGUGAAGAGAUCCCCCCCCCCACACACACACACACACUCCAACAAGAAAAAAUCAUUUUUCCCACAUAAGUGUUAUUAAAAACCUGUAGAAGCAUAUUGUUAAUGAGAAGCAAUGUCCUAAAUAUAUUUAUCAUGUAAAUUUAAUUGAUAAUUAUUUGAAUGUUUUUUUUUGUACCGAUGAAGGCCUUUGCCGAAACAUUUGCAUUUGUAUUCUGUGCAACCAUAAUUCAAGCUUAACCUGUAUUGUUCUAUUGACACAAUUGUUUGUGUCUCAUUAGUCUGCCAGAAAGCUCUUUCGAAGUCCGAGUCAAACACUCUUAUAAUUAGAAGCGCAUUAAUUAGUUUACAUAUUGAGUGAAAUAUUAUUAAAUAGUGAGAUGUUAGGAAUAAUAUAUUAUUAAUUUUAAUCAAGGAUUCCAAUACCCCCCCCCCACCCAUUCCCCCACUUCCCAUUCCCCACUCUCCCCCCACAUUGACUUUGUAUUUGAGGCCACCUAGUUCAUAUCGAAGUCCGAGUCAAACACUUUUAUAAUUAGAAGCGGAUUAAUUAGUUUACAUAUUGAGUGAAAUAUUAUUAAAUAGUGAGAUGUUAGGAAUAAUAUAUUAUUAAUUUUAAACAAGGAUUCCAAUACCCCCCCCCCCACCCAUUCCCCCACUUCCCAUUCCCCCCUCUCCCCCCACAUUGACUUUGUAUUUGAGGCCACCUAGUUCAUAAAUCUUUGGACUCAAUGUGAAAUGCAUCAGUUGCCAGGCUCUUUCUCUUUUACUUUUUGUUGUUUGCUUUGGGCCUCUGUGUAGUUACAGAAUUUCUAUUCACUCUUUGAUGGAAAGUUUAUUCAAAAAAAAAAUAAAAGUUAAAAAAUGAUUAAUACAAUGAAAUGAUUUAACAACCUCUUUUAUUUCCCUUUCUUACUAUCCCCUCAGUACCCCGGCCCAGAUGAGAGAGGGCUAGCGUACCAGAGAGAGCGUACUGGCAAGUACCCAAGGAGCUCAUUGGCCUGGAUGCUGCACAAUCCUAUGGUCAUAGUCAGCCAUCCUGACACUGUCAAGGGUAUUCUCAAAACUUCAGGUCGGUCUUUCAUGAUCAUUUGACGGUUAAUAGUCAAAUUUAAAUUGAAAAUAUUUUAAGGUUGAGAUAAAAAUGGAAAAAAAUUCACUUAAUUAGGGUUAUAUUAGAUCAAGGGUCCUCAAACUUCAACUCCCCUGGCCACCCUGUAGGUGACAAAUGUGGAACUUGACAUCAAACAUCUCAUUAGUCAAAAACAGCCACAUUCUUGCCAUUCUGAUAACUUUAAUGUUUAUGCGAUUUAAAAUUGUUCUCCAUUUUGUUUAGUUUGUUUUCCCUGUCAUUUUGUUUAUUUUUUUUUCCCCGUCAUUCCCCCCCCCCCCCCACCCCUCUAAAAUAAGGUGUGCAUAGAAAUUCAUUCAGUGUCUGAGGGACAGUGAAAUGGCCCCCAAAUGUCUCAGGGAUGGUGAAUUGGCCCAUUGAUUAAAAGAGUUUGAGGAACUCUGUGUUAGAUAAUGGCUUUGUUUUGGUGAAUCUGGUUUCUAGAAUGACUCAGAAACAAAACAAGGUGCCAGUAGGUAGCACAAGAUGCCAGUAGGUGGCAGUAGGUUGCACAAGGUGGCAGUGGUGGCAGUAGGUAUCCUAAGGUGGCAGUAGGUGACACAAGGUAGCGCAGUGUGGCAGUUAGCACAAGGUGCUAGUAAGUGCCAGUUGGUGGCUGAAGGAGGCAGAAGGUGGCAGUAAUGGCAAAUUUAAACUGCCAAUUAAAUCAAUCAUGCCAAUAAAUUCCUGUAGAAAUAAAAAUGAGAAUGUUGACACAUAAGCUGAGAUAAUCAGGGCUCCGAAGUUUAUUCUGGUACAAACAUAAGUAUAUAUUUUUCAGAAUCACAUCUCUCUUUUGGAAGUAGCAUAUAAUUCAAUGCAUUGGUAAGUUGGAUUCUUUUGAUCCAGUUUUUGCAUAAGACAUAAUUUAAAAUGAAACAAAAUAUGUUAAAUUCAUUUUAUCAAGGCAAAUAUUCCUUGACUUAGAGCCCAAAGGUGAAAGGAUUUACAAUCUCAUCCGGCCCUGGGUUGGAGACGGACUGCUAACAAGCAAGGGUGAAAAGUGGGCUCGAAACAGACGUCUCUUGACACCAGCCUUCCACUUUGAAAUACUCAAAAACUAUGUCGAGUUAAAAAACAGGAGCGCAGACCAGCUGCUGGUAAGUUUUACAUCACUUGGCUGGUUUGUUUUUGUAUUGUUCCUUUGUAUGGCUGGACUGGGAUAGUUUUCUUGCAUUUAUUCAGUGUUCAUAAAAGAUGGGCUAAUUAAAAUUUAGGUUAGAAAAUAGGAGUGGAGAUAAUCUCCUGGUAAUUGUGCUACAGCUGGCUUGUAAGUGUGUGAUGGCUUGCUUGCAACUGCCAAAGCUGGUUGGCUUGUAACUGUGUGAUUGCUUGCUUGCAACUGCCUUAGCUGGUUGGCUUGUAACUGUGGGAUGGCUUGCUUGCAACUGCCAUAGUUUGUUGGCUUGUAACUGUGCCAUAUCCUGCUAGCAGUCUGCGGAGAAAGAGGAAUUCAAUUGAAACCUGAAAUAAUGCAUGUACAAUUACCAUCACUAGAAAAUUUGAUGGUAGCUCAAAAAAUUUCUGAGGAGAAUAGUUAUCGUGUGUUGGUGAGCUCUGUCACCUUAAAUUGCCAUGGCUUGUCAGGCAUUUGCCAUCUGAAGUUUAAGCUGUGAAUCACCCAAUAGAAAAAAAACAAAAAAAAAAAAACCCAGAAAAAAAGAAAAAAAAAAAAAAGAUAAAAAACAGUGCUGUAUUUAAAAUGGGGUGGGUUUUUUUUGGUAGCUAUUGUGGCUUUUGUUCUAAUUUGUGCACUCAUUAGGAGUAAGUAGUGAUUGACUACUCAAGUUCAACUUCCUAGCCCUAAUAGAUUUUUUUUUAGCCAAACAUAUGAUUCCAACUGACUAUUAUUUUGUUUGAAUAUAUUGACAGAGGCUAUAAGCAUAGUAUUAUAUCAAUAAUAAUGGUUAACAGUAAUAUAUCCUGCUUGAAAAAAAAUGUGGGAAGCUUGAAUCUCACAAGAAAAUGUUAUGAGGAUGGUAAAUUAAAAAUUUUUGUGUGUUGUUUAAUGUUGUAGCUGAAGUUCCAGUAUGCAUCUGAGACACAGAAGCCAUUCCGGGUGUUUGCCAACAUCACAAUGUUCACACUGGAUGUCAUACUGAAAUGUGCCAUGUCUUAUGAAACUGGCUGUCAGAGUCAAGGGUAGGUAAAUGUGGGAUGCAAAUGCCCCCCCGCCAAAUGGUAGAUAACUCAUGCAGAUAGAAAUAAAAAUUUGUCUUUUUCUUGUUAGAACUUUUUUUUUUUUUGGUUGAUGUUGAUUAAAAAAAAGAUUAAAUUAUAGAUAAAAUAAAAUAGCUAUCUAUCUCACAAUAAACCUUCUUGGAUUACAGGGAGAAACAUCCGUAUGUGCAGGCUGUUAAUGAAAUGUCUGAGUUGAUGGUGACCAGAUUUUUGUGAGUAAAUUUUUAUUGCCUGUAAGGUUUACACCUCUGAAAACUUAAAGGAAACUCUGAUCUUCUGAGACUUUUUGAAAUGCGAUCAAUUUAAAAAAAAGUCAUGUUUAUUACAUUUUAUUUAUACCUGCGAUAUACACUCUCAUUUGAUUUAAUAGCAGUGUUUCAUGAUUUAUAUAUAGUGUUGUGAAUUUUACUUUUUGUUCAUGACUAGGAAUGAUUAUUUAAUAAUGAAAUUUCACAACGUUCAGACUUCAAGUAAAUUAACACUCAGCAAAAUGUUCUCAUGUAAUUAGCAAAGCUGUCUUAUGCAAUGUGCACAGGAAAUAGUUGUAAACCAAUUAAAAACUGACAUUGAAAGUUCAUGACUGACCUAGCCGCAGCACAAAAUCCUGAUUUUUCAAUUUAUUUGUAUGGCUCACAUGAGGAUGAACAUGGAUUUCCAGAUCCAGGGCUUUACCAUGGCAGAAAAUGCAUUUCUUCCAUCCUACACAAUCUCAGGAACACAUUUGUGCAAAAAAAUAUUUCUCAAAUUCUUCAUAAUAGCAGACACCUCACCACUUAUGACACACUACAUUUAAUUACUACAAUAAGUAUAUAAAUCUUACCAAGAGAAGACUCAUUGAGUGGAUUGCUUAAGAUAUCAUUGUUGCUUGUUUGAUUAAUGUUUACAUUUAUGUGUGCUCCAGCCAGCCGUGGUUUCACUCAGACUUCCUGUACUUCCUAACAGCAAAGGGCAGGAAGUUUAGAAAAAAUUGUGACUAUGUGCACAAGGUGGCUGAGGAGAUCAUCUACAAAAGAAAAGAAAAAUUGGUGAGGGUAUUUUGUAUGAAGUACCGUACACUCACUCCUUCAACUUCAUUCCUUAUUCCUCUCUAACAUUUUGUCAGUUUUGUAGGAUCCUAAUUAAUGAGACACUAACAAUUUGUUUAAGUAAAACAAUAUAUGUUAAGCUUUAAUUAAGGCUACACAAAAUACAAAUUUAAACAUUUGAUGUGAUAAAAUUUCAUAAUAAGCUUUAAUUAUGGUUACACAAAAUAAAAAUUAAAAAAAUCAAUGUGAUAAAAUUUCCCUUAAGCACUGACAAAUCUUGUUUCUGUAUUCAGGUUAAAGGAUAUCAAGUUUUGUUCUUAUGUUCUUCAAUUAAAAAUAUAAAAUCCUAUCUGCAAACAAAGCAAUAAUUAAUGCUCUAAAUAAAAGCAUUUGUGUUAAAGAGUAUUUUUAGGAAUUUAUUUAAAAAAAAUGGUAUAUUUAUUUAUUAAUCCAAUUUUCAUUGACAAGCUUCUUAAAUCAUUAGAGAAAGGAAGGUCUUGUACAUGUCAACCGAUCACAUCGUAGAUGUCUUGAUUUUCUGGACAUUCUGCUGACAGCCAAAGAUGAAAAUGGCAAUGGACUCACUGAUGCUGAGAUUAGAGAUGAGGUGGACACAUUUUUGUUUGAAGGUGAAGAGCAAAGUAUCUUUUUGCACGCCCUCCUCCAUUGUUGCUGUGAUGUCUACCUCCAUGUAGCUUUAAUUUUCAGAAUGUGUAGUUUUUACAAAACCAAAUUUAAUUUUAAAGCAUCUCAGUAAUUUAAAAAAAAAACAGACAUUCAGUGAAUUCUUUUAGCCAUAUCAGGGCUUUAUUAGUUCUCAUUUAGAUUUGUGACUUCUGGGCAGCACACUGGUAAAUUCAUACAGUUUGGGCAACAUAAGAAUUUUAAUAUCUUUCAGUCCUCGCCCUGUGAGAAAGAAUUUGUCCUGAGCAGGCCGAUCCUAAGUAUCUGUGAUGAAGAGGGUGGGAUAUAUCCAAAAUUUGUUUAGUUUUACAAUAACAUCUUCCUUCAAAUAUUUGUUCCUGUGAAGAAUGUUUAGUUUGUGUUAUGCUCCUAGCUUUCUUGAUUAGUCUGUUUAUUCCAUGUUUAAUAUCAGACGUUGAAUUCCCACACCAGCAGUUAAUACUGAAAUUAAGUAGGCUUCCAAUUGUUGCACUGUAGAACAAGUUAACGACUUGUUUGUUUACGUAGAAAUUGUACAAUUUUUUAAUGUAGAAAAGUCAUUGGUUGAAUUUUUUAUACAGUAUUUGGCUGUGCUCAUGCCAUGUUAGCUUAUUAUUAAUGAUCACACCUAAGUACUUAUUUGUCCAGUUAAAGAUUUCUGGAAGCUAAUAUUGAGAGUAUAUUCAAAUAUUAUUUAAAUAUAAAAUUACCGAAACUAAAAAAACAAAAAUCAAAAUUUAUUUUAUUUUCUACAGGCCAUGACACUACUGCCAGUGCCAUCUCUUGGGCACUCUAUUCAAUAGCAGAGCAUGAACAGAUUCAGCAAAGAAUUCAUGAGGAAAUAGACAAUCUGAUGACCAAUAAAACAACGUCAGAUAUUUUAUGGUAAAAUUUGAGCCCAACUUAAACCAACGAUUGUAUUUCUAUAUCUUUUGACUCGGGGGCAUUUCAGUAAUAACUCAUUUGUGCGAUGACUUCUUUGAGAACUACUUGAAAUACAAUCGCAGGCUCCAGGCUAAUUUGCAAACUCUGUAACACUUCAAAGCCCGUCACACGGGAUUAUCUUAAAUCAUGCUUUGCUUCAACUUUUAGGGCGCCAUCUUAUUUCUACUUACAUUAGAGAGUACUUAAAAUAAUUUUGUUUAGGUUUCAUCCCAUUUCUAUCAAUUAAAAUAUUACACCUUACACAACAUUCUCUGUUAGCUGCUCAUAGUUUUUUCCUCCCGUAUGAUCAGCUUAAGAUCAGUUCAAAGAUUUCGGUCAGUAGAUUUAUAAAUUUGUAAAAUUCUUACACCUUCUCCUCCCCCCACCACUUCCUUAAAAUUGUGUGGUAUGCCAAAAAGUAGAAAGAAUUUCAGUAAUACAUGUGAUAAUAGUGUAAUAUUGUUGAAAGUGUUCUAUGUUUAUGUCAAGAGACACAUGGUUAGAAAUAAUGAUGUUCAUUGGCAUUUUACUGUAAUGGAUAUUUUAAUGCAGUGCCCUCAACAAUUUCAGGGAGGACUUGUCCCAUCUUCCAUACUUGACCAUGGUCAUCAAAGAAGCUCUCCGCCUCCACUCCCCCGUCCCUUUCAUCCAGCGGGAUUUGACAGAGGACACAGAGAUUGACGGGAGAAUGACCCCAGCUGGGACGAUGGUCAACAUAAUCAUCUACAAUGCCCACCACAAUCCUACCAUUUGGGAAGACUCCUUGGUAACGCCUCAUCAUAAGUUUUAAAAUAUUUCACUGUGAUUUUUAAAAAAAAAAUUUGGUUGUGCAUUUGACAGCUUUGUUAAAAAUUUAAAUUCAGUAAUUAAAAAAAAAACAACAACUUUUAUGUCACAGAAAUUCAACCCUGACAGAUUUUUGCCUGAGAAUGUUGAGAAAAGGAGUGCUUACGCCUUUGUGCCAUUUUCAGCCGGACCAAGGUAAGCGAGGCUAGGAGGGUAGAUAUGUGGAUGAGAAAAUAUAUAACUCACUCCUGAAUUACUUUUGAUACCUUAUGUGCUGUUGUUAAAAUCCUUUUUUUUUUGUCUUUUAAAAGCCAGUUGUAUCUUAGGAAAGCUGUGAAUUUGUCACCAAACACUUUUGUUGCUUGAAACAGGUUGAAAAAAGUAGUUUUGUUAUGUCUGAAAUAAAAUUGAUUGAAAUUAACGUUCCAUAUUUAUCCUCAGGAACUGCAUUGGUCAGAACUUUGCCAUGGAUGAGAUCAAGAUUGUGCUAGCUCGUAUCUUACACAGGUAAGUGGUCACAUGUAAGUUAGCUCGAAUCUUACACAGGUAACUAGUCACUUGUAAGUUAGCUCGUAUCUUAUACAGGUAAGUGGUCACUAGCGUUUUAGCUUGUAUAUUACACGGGAAGGUGUUCAUCUGUAGAUAACCUUGCUGGUCACUUUACGAGGUUUAUUAAAUUCAGUUUAAAUAUAAAAAAUAAGCAUAAGUUCUACGUCCAAAAAUAAAAUUUCUGAAUUGAAAUGAAUUACCAAGACUUGGCGCAUAGCCUGGCAGAUAGUUAGGAUUUUUUUGGUCAUAAGUUUUAUCAUAAGCCUAUAAGGUUUAUCUAUACAAAGCCCUACUCAAAUAGUAUGAACUUAACUGCUUCCCAGAUUCAGCAUUAGGUUAGACCCUGGACACAAGGUGGAGAAACAGGAAAGUAUUGUGAUGAGGGCACAGAAUGACAUCCAACUCAUGGUCACAGACAGGCAGAGCUAGGACACGGGACAGGCAGAGUCAGGACACCGUAAAGGCAGACAUGUCCGAACUGUGGCUCAAAUCUUGUGUGUUAGGACCGACUUCAGAGCCUGCGCAUCUCUCAAACAGUAACCAAAUGUUUACCUUACCUCAUAAUGAAUCCCCAAAUUUAUCAAAGCUGCAAGGAAAAGCAUGUUCUAAUAUGUUCAUCAAAAAUGUUUUUGUAAUUAUGAUUAACAAAAUAAACUAACAUAAUUUUUUAACAAAUAAAAAUAACAAAAAAAAAAAAAAAAAAAAUAAUAAAAAAAAAAAAAGAAAAAAAAAAAAAAAAAAACCCCAAAUUUAUCAAAGCUGCAAGGAAAAGCAUGUUCUAAUAUGUUCAUCAAAAAUGUUUUUGUAAUUAUGAAUAACAAAAUAAACUAACAUAAUUUUUUAACCAAAAAAAACAAAAAAAAAAAAAAAAAAAAAAAAUUAUCACAAGAUAAAAAAAAUUAGCUGAAGUUAUUUUUAUAUAGCUUAGGCAAUAAAUUUAAAUCCUAAGCUUAAUGAUUUCUUUUAUAUUUAGCACAUAAAAAGAAUAAUAAUAAUAAUAAUAAUAUGUUACAUUGAAAAUACAUAAUUAAAACAGCUUUUGCCAUUGCAAUAAUUCAGACAAAAGAUGCAGUAUUAUUUCCCUUGCAUACAUAAAGUUCAUUCUUUUAUUGUUGCCGUUAUAACCAUUGUGAUACUGAUCAAUUUUUCCAAGAGGUAUCUUAUAGAACCAUUAUGAUACUGAUCAAUGAUUACCCGUGGUAUCUUAUUUGUAUAUAGAUGUAUGAAAUUUUUAUGUAAUCCCGGUUCAAUUUUACAAAUUUAUUAUGCAUUUCUAUUAAAAGUAUGUUAGAUGUGUGUUGUGUAUAAUUUGUUAACAUUGUCAAGACAAGAGUAGCAGUAUAAAAGGGUGCAUAAAGGAUGGAAAGUUAAAUGCCUAAAUUUUGUAUGGAGAUAAAACUGUCCUAAAACCGGCCUAGGCUCUAAAUUUUAAAAAAAUACAUUGGCCACCAUCAAAAAAAUUUACCAAACUAUAGAAUCUAGAUGAACAAUGAAGAGCGCCCUCUAUAUUAAGCCAUGUCAAGAAAAGAUUUCUUUGCCCUGCAUAUUGCACAGAACAUUUUUAUGUUUAUUAUGUUUCUGGCACCAUGCAAAAUGGAAAUCUUUGGUCUGCUUAGCCAGCUAGAAAAAAUGUCACCUUUGUUUUAAUAGAGCACGUUCUGAAAAUCACACGACAGGUUCAGUGUUUCAGCAUUUUAGUUACCCAUCCUGGGAAGCCCAAGUUAAAUAGAAUCUAAUUGUUUGGAUUAAUUUUGUUGAAAAUGAUUGACUUUGAAUACAAAAGAAGACAGUCAUUACCGGCAGUGCUGUGGGCUGACUCAUGGUGUCUCUUAAGCUUUGAUGGGGCGCCUUCUGGAAUUCUAUUCCCCCCUCCCCCCUUUGCCCCCAAUGAUUAGUGUAUCAUUUUUAACUUUAAAAGCUUUAGCUGAGGGAGUUAAGCCGUAAAAAAAUUUUGAAAGGGGUUAAACUGUAUUACCUUUCUUGAGCGGCGCGGGAAAACUUCCACUGGGUAAUUAUUAUUGUUAUAGAUAAAUGGUUUGCAUUCAAGAAAAAGUUAUUUUCUCAUCUCACCAAUUUAUUUCCUUUCUCUAAUCCUUGUGCUUAAAAAAAAAAAUGUUCCCUUUAAGAAAAUGUUCUUUUUGAAUUUCAUUUUUCCACAUUGACAAACAUGAAUGAUGUCCCUUUUGUUAUUUCUGUUUUUUUUUAAUAGACAUCAUUAAUUAUUCAGAUUUAUAUUUGUUAGCUAUUGUUUCCAAGAAAUUAAAAACUUGCAAUUUUGAUACACAUCUACAGUAAUAAUUUUUCAGAUAAUUAUUUUCUGGUUUAAAAAAUAUUAUAAACUCUACUUUGCACCAUUAGAAAAGACAUUCUCAUAAGUCAUCAUUUUAUUAGUCCUGUCUAAUUUGUUCACAAAACAUGCAGUAUGAAAAAAAUGAUUUUUUAAUUUUAAGCUUUUAUGAGCUUUCCACAAAACAUGCCAGAAAGAAAAGUCAUCUGAUGAUUAAUUCAUUUCAGAGUGUUCAUAAAAUGUAACGCCUUUCCAUUGUCUGCCCGUUGCCAUUGUUAUCAUGCGUGCCAUAAAAUAUUAUGCUUAAUAC